AUGAGUACUGAAGUUUCAAGUGAAGCAGAUAUUCCAUCAGAAAACGAGACAAACGAUCUUAACAAUUACUUAAAAGACACAGAUUCAAAAUUAGCAGAAAUUCGCGGUGAUCAGCCAAUCGAUGAAGUUGAUAAGUAUUUAGAUAACUACUUCAAGAACGAAAGUUGGAAAGGAAACACUCCAGUUCCUAAUGUUGAUGAAUCAUCUGAUGAUCUCCAAGAUGUUAUUGAAAGUUCUAAGACAGAAGAAAAUUAUAACUUUAGAUAUGAGGAGCCAGGAGCUGACAAAAUAGAAUCACAUCCACGUAAGGUUGAAGGCGAAAGUCGUGAAGAAAUUUCAGCACGUAAGAGGAAGAGAAUGGAAGCAAAGGAAGAGAAAGAUCAAAUGAAUGCUGAAGUAGAAAAAGCAAUCGAAGAAAUUGACGAAAAAUAUCACCAGAUUUAUAUCAAGAACGGAAAUAAAUUAACAAACGAACAACUUACAGCAUAUAAUAACGAAAUAGCAGACGUUAUUGUCAAAUCUCAAGGUGAAAAGUUCCAAUAUGUCGAAGUUGCUAAGGAUGGAGGUUUAGAAAAGUCUAUUAAAUUACUUGAAGAAGAUAUGGAAGAGGAAGAAAUACCAGAUUUAGAGGAAGAAGAAGAUUCUAAAGAAGAAAAGGGCGAAAAGAAGCCAAAGAAGGAAGAAAAGAAGCAAGACAAGGAAGAUGAUGGUGAAGGUGAAGAAAAAGAAGAAGGAGAAUCUAAAGAUAGUGAACAAAAACCAAAAAGAAAGAAAAUUAGAGGUAAAAAUCACGGAGGCAAGGACAAAGAACGUCGCGCAUUCUUUGCUCGUAGACAACGUGAAAAUAGAAAGAUGAGAGAAUCAGGAGAUAGAACAAAUAGCUACUAUGCUCAUAGAAAAUAA